AUCAACUAUAGCUGGAAAUACAACAUGUAGUUCCAUCGAUCUGUUCUUUUCUGUUUUGUUCUCUUUGUUAUUUUGUAUAUAUAAACAAACAGCUAUACUACUCUUUUUCUCAUCUUUCUUCUCUGAGUUAAUAAAUUUGUUUGAGAUAAUAUGGCAGCUAAAUUCUGUCAGUUGAUGAAGUUCAAAUCAGUCAUAAAGAAAUGGAGAUCCAUGGGCAAGCACAACAGAAGUAUUAGCUCAUCCUCCGUAGCCGAUAUUCAAAAUUCAACCUCGUUCACCGUCGACAACGAUAUGUUAGUAAGAGAUGAUCAGAUUAACAGAAGUACUCCGCCGGCAGGGUUAGGGAGUGGUGGUGGUGGUCAUGGUCUUCAAGCUGUAUACGUUGGUAAAUCUCGACGUCGUUAUCUGAUUAGCUCCGACAUCAUUGAUCACCCUCUUGUCCGCGAGCUAGUGGUCAGGUCAUCCUCAGUCGGUUGCGAAUCGGAACUAAGUGCUUCUGCUGGAAUAACAUUUGAUUGUGAAGUUGUUAUGUUUGAACAUUUGUUAUGGAUGAUUGAGAAUUCAGACCCGCUGGAGGAUCACGAGUCAAGUAUAGACGGUGACGACGACCAUGAGCUUGUCGAUUACUACGUCUGUUCAUAAUCGUUCGUGUUCGAUUGUCCGGUUGAGCUUCACGCGCUGUGUAUUUGAUAUUUGAGUUUGUAUUAGUUAAUGAUGAAUGAUCCUGUAUAUCCAGCUAAAAAGCUGAACUUGUAAUUACAUUUUUUUGAGGAUUAAAUUAGCAACAAAUUGAUUUGAGCA